AUUUUCUCAUUAAUUAAAUAUUUAAGAGAGUGAGAAUAAGAGAAAGAGAAAGAAAUAUCUUGAAUAAAAAAUAACAGUUUAACUGUGUGGUAAGGCACAAUGUGUUGUAAAUAGAUAUGAAUAAAUUAUCACAUAAGAAAAGAUCAACAAAACCUUAUCGGUUGUUGACGACAAGAUGUAUUUUUUGCAUCUCGCAUAGCGGAAUUAUCACGGAGCAGUAUUCUCACAGUAGUUUAACAGUGGUGUUACUAACUAUAACGCAUCAUUCUGUAAAAUCUUCUGUUCAACAAUAUGCCGCCUGUCAAGUUUGAUUAUAAAGGAUUAAUAGCUCCUGUCUUUACGCCAUUUACUCCUGAUGGACAUUUAAACUUGAGUGUCAUACCAGCCUAUGCGAAUUAUCUACACGAAAAUGGAAUCAAGGGUGUUCUUGUUAAUGGAACGACUGGAGAAGGUAUGUCGAUGAACAUAGAAGAAAGAAAAGAAGUCGCAGAAGCUUGGUCGAAAGCAGUUACAUCUACGAAUCAAUAUUUAAUGAUUCAAGUAGGUGGUUCAAACUUACCUGAUGUAAUUCACUUGGCCAAGCAUGCUCAAACGAUAGGAGCAGAUUCUAUACUUGUCUUACCAGAACUAUAUUUUAAACCGGAUAGUCAAUUAAAUUUACGGAAUUAUUUGAAAACAAUAGCUCAAGAAGUUCCAGAUAUGCCUAUGUUAUAUUAUCACAUACCAUUAUAUACCAACGUUACUUUAGACAUUGGCAGCUUCUUAGACUUCAUUGGAAAUGAAAUUCCAUCGUUGGUAGGUGUAAAAUUUACACACACUGAUCUUGUACAAGCUUCACACAUACUGAACGCAAGAAAUGGGAUGUUUAAAAUAUUUCUUGGUUGCGAUCAGCUCAUAUCAUCUGGGUGCGUGUUAGGGAUCGAUUCUUUUAUAGUUACGAGUAUCAAUUUAUUUCCUAAACAUAUAUCCAAAUUGGUUCAUGCCAACGAAUUCUCAGAUUUACCGGAUAUUAGGAAAAUGCAAGAGAAAAUAAUAUCAGCUAUUGACGCUAUAACGACGUUUGGCGAUUGGAUUCAAUCGAUGAAAAUCGCUAUGCAGAUCAUUUCUCCGAUUGAUGUUGGACCUCCGCGUCUUCCAUUGCUACCACUUCCAUCUAAAUGUUAUAAAUGGAUAGAAGAAGCUUUGAAAGAUUACAGAUCUCUACUGAAAUAAAAGGAUAAGUAUCGAUCAUUGAAUUAUACUAUACUACUUCUUUUUUUUGUAAAAUAUUACGGGGAAUAAUUGUUAGCUCUCGAAUUUUAUUUAAAUAAAUUAAGAGGGAGAUGGA